AUGCGCAAGCCACUGGCUUUAGCACCACCCAGAAUACAGCGCAUGAUGCUGAGCUUACAACUCUACGAUUUGAACGUAGUUUUUCGCCCCGGAAAGGAAAUUCCGAUUGCGGACACACUCUCGAGAAAUUACAAAUCUGGACACGACGCACAUGAAGAUCCAACCCUGGAAGAGCACGUUCAUGCAGUACUUGAACGGAUCCCAGUAACUGAUCAAAAACUGGAAAAAAUCAAAUCGGAAAAACAAAAGAUUCAAACUCUCAUCAAACUUAAAUCUGUCAUUCACAGAGGCUGGCCACAGACUAAACGACAAGUGGACGCUGAUCUGAAAGAAUUCUGGCAUGUGCGAGACGAACUGACUGUUUUGAACGGCAUAUUGUUCAAAAGUGACAAAAUUGUGAUUCCAGCAUCACUGCAUGUCGACAUGCUGCAACGGAUACAUGCAGGACAUUUCGGCAUGGAACUUUGCAAACGACGUGCUAGAGAAUUUCUCUACUGGCCACAUAUGUGUUCACAAAUUGAAGACUAUGUGAACAGAUGUAGCACAUGUCUUGAACACAGCUCCUCCCUACUGUUGGAACCGAUGAUGUCGCCGCCGAUACCAAAUGGGCCAUGGAAAUUGUUAGCCACAGACCUGUUUGAGUGGCACAAGCGUAACUAUCUCAUUGUGGCUGAUUAUUAUAGUCACUAUUUUGAGGAUCAGCCUGUUACCUAA